AUGAUGUCUAUUACGGCGCAUUCACACGGCGUCAUCGCCCCCAGCGCUCUUCGCAACACGGCCAACCUCUCGAAUCAACGUGCCGAAGGCAGUGGUAGCAGCAGCGACGACUUCGCUCCACACUCUGCCAAGUCGUCUGCACCCGCCGCCUCGCAAAUGUUUUGCAGCAACAGCGGCAGCAAUGGCAGCAACGUCGACUCAUCAGCACCUCGGCGUCGCUCAUCUUCAGCUGCUUCCAACAAAGCUGGCGUGCCCCCCACAUCUCGCUCUCCGCAUCGUCGAAGGCGCUCUUCCCCUUCAACCAGCGCCUCCCUGACACCUCGCUCGUCUCCACGAAAGUCCGCUACUCAGAAGCACGAGCAAGUAGGGCAGUCGGCAAGAAAUGCUGCUCAUGCUGAGCGCCGAUCUUCCCAAGAUCUGGCUCAUGCAGUUCAAAGCAACACAGGCCCAUCUGCCGAGGUGCAGGCUCAGACCAGCGCUAGUGCGCAACGAGAGCGCAUCACCAAGGUCCGUUUGCCUCUCAAGCUGCCCAGCCCGCAGAUCGUUCCUCUCUCAAGUCCGUACGAGGACUUCAAAGCGCAUCUCAUUUCUCACUCGCUCUUCAGGGAGGCGCACGACUUGGCAAAGUGCACACCAGACUUUGUGCGCGAUCACCUGCCCGACCGAAUCAAUCUCCACAACCAGACGCUCGCUCUCACGCCGGUCCUUGGUGCCGUCUCUAAAGUCUUGCUGGAGACCGACACAGUCCCAAGUCACGUCGCAAUCCCGAAUUCUCUCGCCGCAUCCGCUGGAAGCGUGUCUCACCUGCUCGUCGUGCGCCCUUCGCCUGCCAGUCCAGCAAGCUCUUCAAAUCAGUCCACUUCGGGUAACAAAGGUCUGCUGCUACCUAUACACGCCUUGCCAUACGUCAUCGACUGCGUCACCUUGCCACCUCUGCCCUUAGCUCAAGCUGGUUAUCUUUCGACCAUAGAAAUCUGCGUCCCAUCUCCCGAAAGAUUUGGCACGAUUCAUCGAUACAUCUACACCCGCGACGGAGCGGCUCUACUUGCGGAGCUCUUGCCCCUGAAGUUCCUUUCCCGCAACGUUGAUGCAGCAAGCAUGAAGCCAGAGCACGAGGCAUGGGCAGCAGGUCGACACAAUGCGGACGAUGGCGUUACUUCGGCGGUGGAUGUAGCUGCUGGUCGGUCCAUCGAAGCUCUCUCAACGCUACCCAGCAGCGUACUUUUUGCUCAUGCGCACUCGAUCCAUGCGGCUUGGGGCAACGCCGUCGCCAUCGGUCUACUCGAUCGCCAGUUCUGGCAAGCUCUCGAGAAGGCUUGGUCUUUGAUUGUCGGUGCGAUCGGUCUCAGGCGGUCCAGACGGGUAGAUGCUGAGGUCGUCGAACGCAUGAAGAGCUCUACUAUCAAGUAA